GUUCCGGAAGGGUCUGGAAGUCUACCAGACAGGGAUGCAGCUUCUUGUUGUCGUCUCUGAACUGGAGGAGGGAGGAAACAGACAGACAGGGUUAUUACAUGACCAGGGCCCCAGGGCCCAUAGGGUGCCUUUUUCCAUGUCUGCCCGGUGAUCAGUGCCACUAUCCAAGCGUUGCUGUAGCAGUAUUUUCUGUCCGUUAAGGGUAGCAGACUCACUAUUCCAUAAGUCCAGCCCUGCUCGAUGCGGGUGAUGGCCCACAGCUCAUGGAUGUUCUCUGCCAGCUUCUCCCUGAUCUUCUCCAGGUGGGGCGGCAACACGAUCUGGAGCACACACAGGGUAAAGGUUAAAGGUCAGAGGUCCGCAGAUCAAAGGGAAGAGGAGUAAAUGGACAGCCUUAUUUGGUACCUGAACAGGGUUCGGGCUAGGGACAGGGUGUGUGUCUUACCUGAACAGUGUCUACGGGAUUGGGGGUAAAGGAGGUGUGUGUGAGGGACUGGGUUGGCCCCAGCAAGUUUCGGACUCCGUCAAAGUCGUGUUUGUACUCCUUGAUGGGUUCGAUCCUCAUCCUUUCCUUGGGUAGCAGAGCCUCGUAGCACGGGGCAUAGCCCGGGGGGGGCAGGAACUUAAAGUCUCCAUGGCGACCACCCAACAGUAAACGAGCUCUGAGGAGACAGGAAAUACAGUGGGGUCAUUUUAAGGGCGAGGAAAAACAGUGGGGUCAUUUUAAGGGCCAGGAGACAGGAAAUACAGUGGGAUCAUUUUAAGGGCCAGGAGACAGGUAAAACAGUGGGGUCAUUUUUAAGGGCCAGGAGACAGGAAAUACAGUGGGGUUAUUUUAAGGGCCAGGAAAAACAGUAGGGUCAUUUUAAGGGCCAGGAGACAGGUAAAACAGUGGGGUCAUUUUAAGGGCCAGGAGACAGGUAAAACAGUGGGGUCAUUAUAAGGGCCAGGAGACAGGAAAUACAGUGGGGUCAUUUUAAGGGCCAAGAAAAACAGUGGGGUCAUUUUAAGGGCCAGGAAAUACAGUGGGGUGAUUUUAAGGGCCAGGAAAUACAGUGGGGUCAUUUUAAGGGCCAGGAAAUACAGUGGGGUGAUUUUAAGGGCCAGGAAAUACAGUGGGGUCAUCUUAAGGGUCAGGAGACAGGAUAUACGGUGGGAUCAUUUAUAGGGCCAGGAGUUUUGCAUGAACACGAGACCUGACCAGACUCUUUCUGUAAGUCUCAGGAUCAGAAGCGCAUUGAGCCCUGGUGCUGCUGAGUCCCUGGUCCCCGGCCAUCUCCCCUUUACUCUCAUCAUUAACUGUCUGUCUGGCUGUCUGGUCAACAUUACACCUCAUCCAGAGCUAUUUACCACGAGCACAUUCACCUUAGGUAGGCAAAAUAUCAAUCAAUUAAUCAAUCAAGUCUAUCCCCCAUAUUGUUAUAUAUUAUAUUAUAAUAUAUAUUAUUCCAUCUUACUUGACUCCAGCAGAGAAGCUGAUGACGGGGAAGAACAGUCCAUCUACGUUGAAGUUCUCGAACAUGCCCUGGACCGGGUGGCCGUUGACACGGAACGAGAUACUGGGCACGCUCAGAUCCAGACAGCACGACACGACAUCAUCAGCUGCCAGGGCAUGCUGAUUGGGCGACGCCACCUGGCGGGGGACGUGACCUGGAGGGGAGAGGGGAGGAGUCAGGGGACAACUGAAAUACUAGUCUGGUUCCAUACUAUAUGUGCUGUGGUCUGGUUCCAUACUGUAUGUGCUGCGGUCUGGUUCCAUACUGUACGUGCUGUGGUCUGGUUCCAUACUGUACGUGCUGUGGUCUGGUUCCAUACUGUACAUGCUGUGGUCUGGUUCCAUACUGUACGUGCUGUGGUCUGGUUCCAUACUGUACGUGCUGUGGUCUGGUUCCAUACUGUACGUGCUGUGGUCUGGUUCCAUACUGUAUGUGCUGUGGUCUGGUCCAUACUGUAUGUGCUGCGGUCUGGUUCCAUACUGUACGUGCUGUGGUCUGGUUCCAUACUGUAUGUGCUGCGGUCUGGUUCCAUACUGUAUGUGCUGCGGUCUGGUUCCAUACUGUAUGUGCUGUGGUCUGGUUCCAUACUGUAUGUGCUGCGGUCUGGUUCCAUACUGUAUGUGCUGUGGUCUGGUUCCAUACUGUAUGUGCUGCGGUCUGGUUCCAUACUGUACAUGCUGUGGUCUGGUUCCAUACUGUACGUGCUGUGGUCUGGUUCCAUACUGUACGUGCUGUGGUCUGGUUCCAUACUGUACGUGCUGUGGUCUGGUUCCAUACUGUAUGUGCUGUGGUCUGGUCCAUACUGUAUGUGCUGCGGUCUGGUUCCAUACUGUACGUGCUGUGGUCUGGUUCCAUACUGUAUGUGCUGCGGUCUGGUUCCAUACUGUAUGUGCUGCGGUCUGGUUCCACACUGUAUGUGCUGUGGUCUGGUUCCAUACUGUAUGUGCUGUGGUCUGGUUCCAUACUGUAUGUGCUGUGGUCUGGUUCCAUACUGUAUGUGCUGCGGUCUGGUUCCAUACUGUAUGUGCUGUGGUCUGGUUCCAUACUGUAUGUGCUGUGGUAUGGUGCCAUACUGUAUGUGCUGUGGUCUGGUUCCAUACUGUAUGUGCUGUGGUCUGGUUCCAUACUGUAUGUGCUGCGGUCUGGUUCCAUACUGUAUGGGCUGUGGUCUGGUUCCAUACUGUAUGUGCUGUGGUCUGGUUCCAUACUGUAUGUGCUGCAGUCUGGUUCCAUACUGUAUGUGCUGUGGUCUGGUUCCAUACUGUAUGUGCUGCAGUCUGGUUCCAUACUGUAUGUGCUGCAGUUGGUUCCAUACUGUAUGUGGGUCCAUACUGUAUGUGCUGCGGUCUGGUUCCAUACUGUAUGUGCUGUGGUCUGGUUCCAUACUGUAUGUGCUGUGGUCUGGUUCCAUACUGUACGUGCUGUGGUCUGGUUCCAUACUGUACGUGCUGUGGUCUGGCUCCAUACUGUACGUGCUGCGGUCUGGUUCCAUACUGAAUGUGCUGCGGUCUGGUUCCAUACUGUAUGUGCUGCGGUCUGGUUCCAUACUGAAUGUGCUGCGGUCUGGUUCCAUACUGUACGUGCUGCGGUCUGGUUCCAUACUGUAUGUGCUGUGGUCUGGUUCCAUACUGUAUGUGCUGUGGUCUGGUCCAUACUGUAUGUGCUGCGGUCUGGUUCCAUACUGUACGUGCUGUGGUCUGGUUCCAUACUGUACGUACUGUGGUCUGGUUCCAUACUGUACGUGCUGUGGUCUGGUUCCAUACUGUACGUGCUGUGGUCUGGUUCCAUACUGUAUGUGCUGUGGUCUGGUCCAUACUGUAUGUGCUGCGGUCUGGUUCCAUACUGUACGUGCUGUGGUCUGGUUCCAUACUGUACGUGCUGUGGUCUGGUUCCAUACUGUACGUGCUGUGGUCUGGUUCCAUACUGAAUGUGCUGCGGUCUGGUUCCAUACUGUACGUGCUGCGGUCUGGUUCCAUACUGUACGUGCUGUGGUCUGGUUCCAUACUGUAUGUGCUGUGGUCUGGUUCCAUACUGUACGUGCUGUGGUCUGGUUCCAUACUGUACGUGCUGUGGUCUGGUUCCAUACUGUAUGUGCUGUGGUCUGGUUCCAUACUGUACGUGCUGUGGUCUGGUUCCAUACUGUACGUGCUGUGGUCUGGUUCCAUACUGUAUGUGCUGUGGUCUGGUUCCAUACUGUAUGUGCUGUGGUCUGGUCCAUACUGUAUGUGCUGCGGUCUGGUUCCAUACUGUACGUGCUGUGGUCUGGUUCCAUACUGUACGUACUGUGGUCUGGUUCCAUACUGUACGUGCUGUGGUCUGGUUCCAUACUGUACGUGCUGUGGUCUGGUUCCAUACUGUAUGUGCUGUGGUCUGGUCCAUACUGUAUGUGCUGCGGUCUGGUUCCAUACUGUACGUGCUGUGGUCUGGUUCCAUACUGUACGUGCUGUGGUCUGGUUCCAUACUGUACGUGCUGUGGUCUGGUUCCAUAC